GGUCCCGGAUCGUUUCCUGUCUCUCUGCUGACAUGAACUUUCUGCUGCUUCUCUCUCUGAUCUCUCUGCGGACUCACGGAACCAGAACUGGCCCGGAUGGAGGCUGGGCGCUGGACCCGGACCCUGUCCAGGAGCUGGACCUGGACCUGGUUCUGGAGCCGGAUCUGUCCGCGGUGCUCCGCCGGGUGGAUCCUCGCUUCCUGUCCGUCACCAUCGAUGCCAGUCUGGCCGCAGAGGAGAGCUUCAUGGCGCUGCUCAGCUCCUCUAAGGUUAGAACUUUGUCUUCGGCUCUCAGUCCUUCAUUUCUUCGCUUCGGUGGAACCAGACAAGAUUUCAUGAAGUUUAAACCUCAGAGAAGGAAACGGAACUCAAAGAACCCAGGUAGUGAGUCCUGUCAGCAGCUCCUUCCCUGGGUGGUUGAGAAGCAGCUGAAGAUGAACUGGACGCUGCAGCAGCAGAUUCUGAUCAAAGAAGACCUGAAGAGGAAGUUUAAGAAGAUCAGCUUCACAGAGGUGACGGUGGACCUCCUGAACUCCUUCAGCAGCUGCUGCGGCUUCAAUCUGAUCUUCGGUUUGAACGCUUUGCUCAGAACUUCAGAGAACGUGUGGAACAGCAGCAAUGCAGAAACUCUCAUCAAGUACUGCCAGUCCAGACGGUACCGGAUGAACUGGGAGCUCGGGAACGAGCCGAACAGCUUUGAGAAGAAGGCCGGGAUCCGAGUGGACGGGCACCAGCUGGGUCUGGACUUCCUCCGGCUCCGGGAGCUGAUGUCACGGUCCGGGUUCUACCGGGACGCCGGGCUAUUUGGACCCGACGUGGGCCAGCCGAGGGACCACCGGACCGACAUCCUGGGGGGCUUCCUGCAGACCGGAGCCGAAGCCGUGGACGCCGUCACCUGGCACCAUUACUAUGUGAACGGCAGAGACACGUCUCUGGAAGACUUCCUGGAUCCGGAGAUUCUGGACACUCUGACCUCAAAGACCAACGAAGUGAUGGAGAAAGUGAAGCUUUUGUCUCCGACGAAGCCGAUUUGGCUCGGAGAGACGAGUUCAGCGUAUGGAGGAGGAGCUGUAGGGCUGUCGGACACCUUCGUAGCCGGAUUCAUGUGGCUGGAUAAACUGGGUCUGGGAGCCACUCUGGGUCUGGAUGUGGUGAUGAGGCAGGUUCUGGUGGGUUCUGGGAGCUACCACCUGCUGGACGAGAACCUGGACCCUUUACCUGAUUACUGGCUGUCGCUGCUCUACAAGAGGCUGGUCGGUCCGGAGGUUCUGAAGGUCCGGAAACGAUCUGGUUCUGCUCGGAGCAAAAGAGUGAGAACGUAUCUGCACUGCAGCAAUGAGAAGAGCUACAGCCGUGGAUCUGUCACUCUGAUCUCCAUGAACCUGAACCAGAACCCGUCCAGGAUCUCCGUCCCCCUGGUCCUCAGCAGCUCCUCUCUGGAAGCUUUCAUCCUGCAGUCCGACCGACUCGACUCCAGGUCUGUGAAGCUCAACGGUCGUCUCCUCCAGAUGUUGGAGGAUGAAACACUCCCAGACCUCAGAGGAACUCGUCUUCCUCCCUCUGAUCUCCUGCAGCUUCCAGGAUUCUCUCUAAACUUCUUCGUCUUCCUGGACGUCCAGGCGGCGGCGUGUCUCUGACGUCCUGCAGGUUGAGGAACAUGGUGAAGUUGAUGGCUUCCUUCAACAUCUCCUCCAGCUCUCCGUCCUUCACAUUCAGCUUCCCUGAACCAACAAAACAGGAUUUUAGACCAGAACAUGGAGGUCAGAAGGUCCAGCUGCUCUCAGAUCAGGUUCAUCUACAGACCCAGAGAGGCGUACGUGUCCUUCAGGUCCUCCUGGUCAAUGAAUCCAUCACGGUUCUGAUCGAUCAGAGUGAAGGCCUGAAGAACAACCAGGAGGUCGGAAGUGGUCAUCAGCAAGUGUGGAGCCAGAGAGCAGUGAUUGGUCAGACUGACUGAGAGCCAGAGAGCAGUGAUUGGUCAGACAGCGCGCUAGUGGAUCUAGUCUGCUGUAUGUAUCUAUGGCCGGAACGUCUGUUAGCGUCUCUGGCUGCUGUUGACCUUAUUUUUGGAGUAAAACACGAUGUUCAGAGGGAGAUGAUGCCACAUCUGGUCCAGCUGAUGGAAGGUCUUGAAGUUCUCUGACUGGCCUGGACUGAAGAUGGUCGUCUCACUGGAUUUAAGGUUCAGAUGCUCAGUAACAAACUCCACCAAUGAGCCAACAGGGAAGCUUUAGGUUUAUUAAAUGUUGCUAUGAAGGUUUCACUGUUUUUCUUUGUGGAUGCAAUGAGCUCCAACUGAAACUUGAAUUAGAACUUAGAAGUAAAUCCUUCCAUCUGAAAGGAUUUAGUUGCAUUAAUAACCUCAUAACAUUCUAAUUUUCAUUCCAGUCUUGGUUGGAAAUAGAAUCUCUGUAUUGAUUCAGGUAAAAACUGAACUUCACAGCAUGUUGGAGCAAAACAACCAGAUAAAAACUGUGAUGGUGUUGGAUUGUCAGACUGUAAUGUUGCAGCUCAAAGCAGCUUUUCUAUCUCAGUUCAUUCUGACAUUCAGCUAUGAAUCAACACAGCAGAUGGUGAUCCAUGCUGUGGAAGUCUCACAUCUCCUGAUUUAAUGGAGCUGCUUUGCACUUUUUACACUGUUUAUUAGGGAUGCAACGAUACUCGAUUUUUUAUUGAACCGUUCGAUACGCCCUCUUCGAUUCAAUACGCAAAAACGUUCGAUCCAAAUUAAAACAGCGCUCCCAAAAUAUAUUUUCCGAACUUUUUCUAGUGUGCUCUCGCUAAAAUGCCAUGGGCACAACCAAGGCUGAGCCCUCUGCCUUGAAAAGCUCCCAGAAAGCUCCUCCCCGCAAGCAGCCCGCCUCCCCUCAUCCCCCAAGCUGCCUGGAGGGCGGGGGCAACCACGCUGCUGUUGUUUGAGGGAGAGGUGACAGACACGAGGAUCAUGGCUAGCGGGGAAAGACAAAAGUUUGAGGAGGCGGCUUCUAGGUCGUACAGAUCCGCUGUAUGGCAGCAUUUUGGGUUUGCUGUUGAUUAUAAUGAUGAGGGGACGAAAAUGGUGACUAAAACAAAAACUGUGUGCAAGUAUUGCCUUACAACUAUACCGUACAUCACGGGCAACACGACCAACAUGACCACUCAUCUCCGCCGCCAUCACCCAGACAAGUCAUCUGCGAGCGGGGCAGAGGACAAGGUAACGCGACCCAAGUCUCAGAGCAGCAUAGCGGACGCCUUUCAAAAGAAGUACACUUUCACCUCCGAUAAACAUAAGAAAAUCACACGUGCUGUUGGAACAUUUAUUGCCAAAGCUUUGCAGCCUUAUUCUGUGGUUGAAAAUGAUGGCUUUUUGUACCUUAUGAAAACUGUUGAUCCACGAUAUGCUAUCCCCUCUCGUACAUAUUAUAUAAUGUUAUGCACUAAAAUGCAUGUUUUUAUUAUGGCAUUGUUAUUUUUGCUUGUUAGCAAAAUUAAAAAAAUAUAUAUCGAAAGAGGAAUAACACUUGUAUUUUUUUUUUCAGAGCAUUAAAUGUAUUGAAUCGAACCGAAAAUCGUGUCCCUCAUAUCGAAAAUCGUACCGAACCGUGACUUAACUGUAUCGUUGCAUCCCUACUGUUUAUUCACCAACACUUUAUUUAAUAAAAGUCCCAUCUAGUUUUUAUGAGGAAUGUGAUGUUUUAAUUUCUCUGUGAAUAACUGCAGUCUAAUGGAACAGCUGGAAUUGUAACAUCUGUCCUGAUAUUGAUCAUGAAGUAUUGAUCAGAAUACUUAUGGUCAGCAGUCAUCCCUGAAGUUUUACAUUCAAAUCAUUACUUGUGUUGUGAACUUUGGUAAGAAGCAGAAACUUUAGCGUUGCCAUGGAUACAGGAGUGUUAAAUUCUGUCCAUGUUUCCAUUUUGGGAAAUUCAGUCCAGCAGAUCAGUUUGUUUUUACUGCCAGCUACAUUCAGUCUGAGAUAUUAAGAAUAAAUAAAUGUGCAUAAUGUGGAAAUGAACAGAUUCUAUUUUUAUUUAUUCCUACAGAUGCUGCAGGUAAAGUUAUAGAAUGUGGAGGAAUUUAGUCUCACAAUCACAGACAAUAAAUAUUAUCUGAAAGUCGGAUUAUUGUUGUUUAUCAGCACAAUACAAAAAGAUUCAUGUUAGAAAUAUUCCAGUUAAGACUCUAGAAUAUCAGGAUUUAUGUAAAUUUACCUCAAUAAUAUGAAUGUUCAGGUUGUGCAGUGAUAUUUAUUAUGUGAGUUUAGCUGAUUAAAGUUUAUUAUUUAUUAUUUAAAUUGACAUCACUAUUAUAAUAUUUAGGGUCAGACUCUACAGUAUUGAGAUUAAGAAAUCAAAUAUUCUAUAAAAUGUAAAUACACUGAACUCAUUUGGAGAUAUUUAAGUGAGACUCUACAAUAUUAUUUAUGACACAAAUCUAUCUAAAUCAACAUUUUAAUCAUUUUUACUCCAAACAUUUACUGGACUGAUUUAAACAUUAAAAUCACUUCUUUCUAAUCCUCUGCUGUACGUUCAAACCUGAGGCCUUAAAUAGAAACACACAAGUAUCUGAUUGAAGGAACUUCUGCAGAGUCCUGGUUCCAGAACAUGAUGAUAGAAUUAUAGACAAACUUUAACAAAAGCUGCCUGAGAGUUUACAGGUUUUUAUGUUAGAUUUCUUCAGUAAUUUAAUGAGAGUUAUCAGCAAAAAUCAAGUGUUCAUUUGAUGAACUUCACUUCCUAAAACAUCCAGAAUUGGAGCUCAUAUCUUUGGCAGCUGUAAAGUUUCUGCUCCUUCAAAGUUCACAACACAAUAAAUGAAUUCCUAAAACACUCUCAAUGCUGGAGAGCGUUUGAUGCUGAAGCAGUGACCAGUUUUUCUGUUUCUUCUCUGGAGAUGCACAAUGAGGGACGUCUGCAGAGACUGAGAAAGAGUCUCACCACAUCCUGACAUGAGGAAAAAGACUUUAUUGAAGACUACAAUGAGAAAAACUAUCAGACAGCAGACGGCUGCAUUCAAGGUGAGAUCUGAACAUUUGAUCUGGAACAGGAAUUCAAUAACGGCAGCAUGAGCUUCAUUUCAGUCUGUAGCUGCUGAAUUCAUGGAUGAAUCAUCUGGCACUAGAGAGGAAGACCAUCAAACAUCCACGUCAGCUGAUGGAGGUCCAAGAGUCUCACCCAACAAACAACCUACAGAGUGAAGACCUCCAAUCUGAUUGGACGGCCUCCUAUUCAGCCACAUGUGUGAACAAAUGCCUCUAAGCUGAUUUGUUUUCUAAAAUAAAUCUAGUUUGAGUCCUAA